AUGACCCACUUUAUAUCAGCCACUACAGCAUCCUCAUAUUCAUCAGCAUUUCCUCCUCUGCAAACGUUUCCAUGGGCAUUCUACAAACAAUCAUCGUUCCAUCAUGCAUCACCUACCUCGUCAGCUCCCUCCACACCAUCCUCACACCACCCACUGCACCUCUUUGCGGCACUAGCUCCGCCAAAGUAUCCCGCCUACCUCAAACAUACCACCUACGCCAGCCUGGCUACUGACCAAUUUCAACAUCUACAGCAAAAGAAGAAGCAAAGCACCAGCGACGACUACAAUAAGGAACUCGUUGAAAUGGACCUUCGUCUGCCUCAGUAUUGGAAUAUCAACGAUAAAUCACGCCAUUUGCAAAUUGGUUUGAAUGGCUAUGAACUAACCUAUCAUGCUCAUAUUCCAGGACCGGGUAAAAAAGAACUCACAGAGGCAGCAUCUAUUCGCACAAAUUUCCCAAUGAGGCCUCAGUGUGGUGUUUACUACUAUGAAAUCACCGUAGUCUCCAUGGGAAAGGAUGGCUUGUUUGCGGUAGGUCUCUGCAAUGCUGCCCACACAUUAGACAAACUGCCAGGCGCCAGUGUAGGUUCAGUUGGGUAUCAUGGCCAAAAUGGCCACACCUACAAGCAAAGCUCAAAGGGAACAGCCUAUGGUCCCACCUAUGGACAUAGCGAUGUCAUUGGAUGUGGCGUCAACUACUUUGAUGGCACCGUAUUCUUUACAAAGAAUGGUAUCUUGCUUGGACGUGCUUUUGACUCUAUUGAUCUAUUGUCUCAGGAGCUGUAUCCUUGCAUUGGACUCAGUACACAAGGCGAGAAGAUCACAGCAAACUUUGGGCACCAUGAGUUUGCGUUUGACAUUGUGCAGUACAUCAAAGACCAACAGAGAGCGACUAUUCACCAAGUGUGCCAUGUGUCUGCUGAAGCAUUGCCGCAAGAGAGAUACAAAAAUGACGUCCAAUUGCAGGUAGAUGCUAUGGUUCUCUCCUACUUGACGCAUCAAGGCUACAUAGGUACUGUCAAUGCCAUGAAAAAGAACAUGGACUAUGUCGGCAACACGCAGCCAGACUCACCUGCAAGCAAUGAUAGCCACUUGGAUCGAGACACAAGAAGCAGCAUUCGGAAAUCCAUCAUGGCAGGCCAUGUUGAUUUAGCCAUCCAAAAGACGGAGACCAUGUAUCCCAACCUGCUGGAAAGCAAUGCAGACCUCCUAUUUCAGUUGAAAACGCGCAAAUUCCUUGAUAUCCUGAUAGAUGAUCAUCGUUGUGAGCCACCUUCUUCUGUGCAAUCACUCUGCUCUGCGUCUGAUCCCAACAUCAGUGAUACGGAUGACGAUACAGUCAGUGUGCAGUCGGGAAGAAGCCGUGCUCAGAGCAUCAGCAGCAACGACAUUCAGCAUCAAAUACUCUACGAGGAACAGCCUGUAACAUUCGGUCAUCACAAUGCGCCUCCAUUGGUAUCACCACCGCUGCCUGUUGCCGCGUCGGGAAGACGCUUAAGUUGGGCUGCUAUUGCCGCUUCUCCCUCAACUGACUCGCAUCUAGAAGAGCACCUCACACUGCAGAGCAAUGGUGGUGCGAGAAGAAGACGCUUAUCCAGUGUGAGUAGUCAUCAUGGCCGUCGUAGCAGCUAUUGCAGCAAUGUAUCACUCAGCGAAGAUGACGAAACACCCAAAACCAUGAAAAAUGUGCGCAAAGCGAUGCAUUAUGGGCAGCAAUUGCAAGACGAGUACCAGCACACGAAAUACUGGAGUCAAUUGAUGGACCUGUUUACGCUGCUGUCAUUUGCAGACCCUACAUCAAGCCCAAUAAGCCAUUUGCUGGAUAUAUCUCGUCGAGACCUGGUCGCCUCUGAUUUAAACAAUGCCAUUCAAGCAUAUCAGCAUCAAGCCAACAAGUCGAAUCUGGAACUGGUCUUGAAGCAGGCCAUUGUGACAAGUAAAGAGCUUGCACUCUCUGGCCAUGGAGGAGCAUCCUUGAUUCACAUGCAAAGCCAAUUCACAUCCAAGUGA